CGGAGAUCAGGUCUGGCUGUCGACCAGGGACCUACGGUUACAGCUGCCUUGUCGCAAGCUGAGUCCCCGCUACAUUGGUCCCUUCAAGAUCCUGAGGCAGAUCAAUGAUGUCACGUUCCAACUUCAGCUCCCUCCCAGAACCCCCGGGAGCUGAGUUGGAACCCCCUCCUCCUGAAGUCCUGGAUCAACCCUCCAUCUACGCGGUCAGAGAGAUCCUGGACUCACGUCGUCGGGGAGGUCACCUUGAAUACCUCAUCGACUGGGAGGGGUAUGGACCAGAGGAACGCUCCUGGGUGCCUAGAGACGAUGUCCUGGAUCCUAUGCUACUCGCCGAUUUCCAUCGCGACCACCCAGAUCGUCCUGCCCCUCGCGGUCGUGGCCGUCCUCGGCGGCAUGUUAGGGCGUCGGGAGCCGCCCCUGGAGGAGGGGGUAGUGUCAGGCAUUCACCACAGCCACCUUCACCUGCCACACCACCCGGAGCACCGCCCACUCAUUCCUCAUCACCGGAGUUUUGAUCACGCACACCUGUAGCUGAUUAACUCCACCCUUUAUAUAGAGCACUGGUUCCAUUCUCACCUUGUCGGGUCUACCGUUUACACCUCCUACGUUAGCUCCUGACUCCUUAUGCUAUUCCCUUGGACUCUGCUCUCCGUGUUCCGGCUGGACUUAUUGUGGCUCAAUAUCGGACUGAUAUCUGCUCAUCACUACCAGGACUGUCAGCUAAGCUAUUUCUCUGCAUUUCAAACUACUGCUCUGUUCAUCAAUUACUGUGAAAUAAAUCUCAAACUCAACUGC